AUGGCGCAAAAUUCAAAAGUGGAUAGAGGUUUAGGUAUUUCAGGUUGCUUAGGCACUUCUAGCUUUGGCAAAGUUGGAAAUUCAGGCUUUGAAAUUUUUGGUAGCUCGGGUUUUGGCAAUGCUGGUAACUCCGGCUUGGGCAAAGGAGGAAGCUCGUGUUUUGGUGGGAGUUCUUCUGGCUUUGGCAAUGUUGGAAGUUCUGGCUUUGGCAGUGUUGGUAUCUCAGGUUUUGGCAACGUUGGAACUUCAGGUUUUGAAGCCUCAAGUUUUGGCAUUGUGGGCAAUUCUGACUUAGGCAAUUCAUGUUUUGGUGGGACCUCUGGUUUCGGCAAUGUUAACACCUCGGGUUUUGGAAUUGUGGCCAACUCGGGCUUAGGUAAUUCAGUUUUUGGUGGGAGCUCUGACUUUGGCAUUGUUGGGACCUCAGGUUUUGGCACUAUAGGCAACUCGAGCUUAGGUAAUUCAGGCUUAGGUGGGAGCUCUGGCUUUGGCAAUUUUGGCACCUCGGGUUUUGGCACUAUGGGCAACUCGGGCUUAGGUAAUUCGGGUUCUAUUGGGAGCUCUGGCUUUGGCACCUCGGGUUUUGGUGGGAGCUCCGGCUUUGGCAAUGUUGGCACUUCGGGUUUUGGGGGCAACUCUGGUUUUGGCAAUGUUGGAUUCUCCGGUGAGGUCUCCGAGAGACGUCGUGCCUCAACUCGAAAUGUGUCUCCACAUAUUGACAAUAAAGCUAUCAACAAUAACAAGAAAAAAGGGGUGUGCUUAUUGCAAGCCAUUGUUCUAACCAGAAAAAAGUGA